AUGGUUUCCGGAAGCGUACUCUCACCCUUCAAAUAUGCCAAAAGACUAGAGAUAUGGCUCAAGUCAAUCGAGCGCAGAAUUAGCAUCCUUCAAAGCCCAAGCAACGUUGUGCACAUCCAGGCUUCACAAUACAUUUUUGAUAACGCGGUGCUUUGCCUGAUAGAUGAACAUCUCAGAAUCCAAAAAGGAGCAAGGGAAGAUGAAAAACGGCAAAGAUGUAUGCUUUCAUACACGUUGUGCAUCAAGUUCAUGGCUGAUAAUGUCGACAUAGCUGAAUUGUCACAAAUUUCCAACGAGAAUCUUCCUGCCCAAAUGGAGAAUGAUAGACUGAGUUCCAGUUCGAACAACCUUUCUCUGGGUCAGCAGCGGGUUGAAAAACAAAGCACACACCACUCUGAACACGGCUUACCACGUUUUCUUAAUUCCGAAUACCAAAAGGUUGAUAUGUCGUUCAUUGCUAAAAAUAGGCGGCUGUUUUCUGUUUGGGAGUUAUGGAAUCUUGAAAAAUUCGUUAGCGAUACCAUUUUUUGCAACUGGAUGACAUCGUCUGAAUCAAAAGCGCACAUCCUCAAUUAUGGUUGGAUUCACCCAAGUCCCAUUUCGGGCAUCCUCUCUCCCGUAUCUAUAGCCUCUGCCUCGCUGGCGUCCUUACUCAACAACCGCGACCAAUUUAUCUGCGGUGUAUGGUUCUGUAGCCGUCACGUCAAAUUAGGGAACGAUGGCGUCGGUGUGAUGCUUGCGAGCUUCAUCGAUCAAAUAUGCCAUCAGUACUCGUUCGAUUUUGAUCAUUUGCAGCACAAUGGGGCCAAUGAAGCAUGUUUGGAAAAUCGCGGCAACGAAGAGCUUUUCAACUUCUUGUACGCGCUUAUAAAAAAGUUGCCAUCGGACAUAACCCUUGUGCUUCUAAUGGAUGAAAUCAACAUCUUUUAUCGCAACAAAAAGUUCAAGGACGGGCCAUAUAUCGGUGACAAGCUAGUAAAGUUAGUAACUGAUGAGAGCCUCUCAACCACCGUCAAACUGUUUUUCACGAGCACGAAUAACAUCAGAGGAUGA